AUGGAACAAGUUGGAGAGUGCACCUAUGUGAUCAGUGCCAAUGGAUACAAGACACAGGACCAGGAUGGCCUUCUCGUUGGUUCCAUCGACGGAGAAGCUCAGAAAUGGCGCAUUGAGUACGCCGAACGUCAUGACGCCUACACCAUUGCGAAAGAGAACGAUCGCGGCGUCGGAUGGGUUGCUCCGACUGACGACGAACGUCAGAUUCGGGUUUGGGUUCUCAUUGUGGGACCAUCUGAUCCACCUUUCUACCCGUCGGAUGAGUUGUUUAGGUUCAAGUACUCUGAUUGA